UUGUCAUCAGUAUAAAAGGUACUGGCUUUUUAGGAUGAGAGUUGAUUUGGGUUACUGUAGAAUUGUUAGGGCAGUAGUAUAGGACUAGGAACUGGUAAAUUUCUGGGUUCUAAUCCUAACUCUAUCAUUGACUUUGUGUAUCCCUUUGCAAAUCACUUUUCAAAUUAAUUAAUUAAUGUUAAUCCAGAACUUUGGAAAUACGAAGCAUUAUAUAAAUACUAAGUCUUCAGUCCAACAAACAUGCCUGAGAAGAACUCUACUCAUAGUGUCAUUAAAGUCAAUGGUGCUACUCACAUAUAUGUUAAGCCCGGGCAUGAUCAGAGCCGUUGUUAUUGCUGCUACAUAAAUUAUUUAAAGGAGUAGAUGUUUACCUGCAAUCCUUAGAGAAGUCUUCCCACUGUCUGUAGAUCUUUGCUUCCUUGCCAUUUGAAGUGCAAUAGGCAGUGUUUCCACCUGCUUUCCUCUUGAGGUUAGUGAUGAAGAGGACUGGUAAAGUUUGUUAUAAAAUGUCAGUAGGUAGCCAAGGAAACUAGGAAGCAUCUCCACACCUUUUUUCUUUUUCUUUUUUUUGUCUUAGGCAAUUCUUAAUGCCCUCUCCCUACCCCACCUGUGGCCUUCCCACAUCUUUUCACAGAAUGUUUGCAAGGCAGUAGGCUUUGUCUCUCUACCACUUUCAUGUUAGUGACUUACCACGGGGGACACUCAAAUGUUCAGCAAGAUAGCUAUAACAUUGUUUCAUAUAUUCCCUCCAGUCUCCCAUUGAGACAGCUAUGUUCUCUAGGUGAGGGAGGCAACAGGGAUCAGUGGAUAGGCCACUAGACUGGGAGUCAGGAGACCAGAAGUCUACUUCCAUUCUGCCACCUCAAGUGAAUGACUCUGGGAAGAGAGAAGUGGCUGAGACUGGCUUCCUCUCAGUCUUUGAAGUAGGUGAAACAGUCUAAUGAAUGUAUGAGUGAUAGGGAAAGAGAGCAACAAGGGAAGUAGAGUGAUUGUUUCCCAUUAGCUAGUACCUGCUUCUUGUUGCAAGGGUGGGGAUACAGUGGAGACAGUGCAUGGGUUUGUGGUCUGGGCUUUGCUCUCAUUAAUGCUGGAUUAUUCCCUGACAUGGACAUGUUAAAACCAUGUUUAAAAUAGAAUUUGCUUGUGCAAAGCGGAUUUAAACAUCACCAGGUGAAAUAUUUCAAAAUAAGAAAACAGCAUUGAGGAAGCCAUGGAGGGACUUCCAGCACACAAGAAAUGUCCAAAUAGUAACAAGAGAUUGGUGCAAAAAGUGAACAAGUGUAUUCAAGUUGACAUGGACUUAGAAGAGGAGUCCCUCAGUGCAGAUCAGAACACUGCUACAACUAUCUGCCCUCCAGAAACACCAACCCUUUCAUGGCAGCCACUAAGAACUUCAGAGAACUCUCUAUCUUCCCAGCUACUGGCCUGUUCAGCACUGCCAAGGCAGUGUGCGCCUCCGCUUCCUGCUCUGCCACCAUCCCUCCUGCCCCCGCCACUCCCUCUGUGGCCUUGCGUUGGGCGAAGUAUGGGACCCAUGCCACCCUCUUAUCCCCCAUCAUGCACUAAUGCUGCAUGUGAUGGUGCUUCUUCUGGACAUGAAAAUCAGCCUUGUCCUAAGAAGGCAAAGACACCAACAUUACGAAUGAAGCCAUUUGACUGGCAGAAGCUUCCCUUGGAUGUGGUGAGAGAAAGUUGCUCCAUGUGGGCUUCAGUGACCAGCAGCAGUGAUGAUGUUAUAGAGCCUGAUUACACAAGCAUAGAGCAACUCUUCUGUGUUUCACAAACAAGCCCCAAGGAGACAGCAGUACCCAAAAUAAAGGAACCAAAAGAGAUCACAUUUAUAGAUAUGAAGAAAAGCCUUCUCUUGAACAUAUUUUUGAAGCAAUUUAAAUGCUCGAAUGAGGAGGUUGCUGACAUGAUUGAGAAAGGGGACAGGACCAAGUUUGAUGCUGACACUCUGAAGCAGCUGAUUAAGCUACUGCCUGAAAAGCAUGAGAUAGAGAGCCUGAAAUCCUGCAAAGAAAAAGCAAAACUAGCAAAUGCAGACCAAUUUUAUCUCCUCCUCCUUGGGAUUGCUAGCUACCAGUUGCGAAUUGAAUGUAUGCUGUUAUGUGAAGAGACAAGCAGUCUAUUGGAUUCGCUAUGGCCCGAAGCACACAUGAUCAGGAGAGCCUGUGAAACUCUUCUUACCAGUCACCGGCUGCCCAUUUUCUGUCAGUUGAUUCUUAAAGUUGGAAAUUUUCUGAACUAUGGGCGUCACACUGGAGAUGCUGGUGGUUUUAAAAUUAACGCUUUGCUCAAACUAACUGAAACCAAAGCAAACCAAACUCAUAUUACUCUGCUCCACCAUAUUUUGGAGGAAAUCGAAAAAAACCACGCAGAUCUACUACAGCUUCCCAGUGACCUUGAAUGUGUUUCAAAGGCAGCAGGAACCAACUUUGAAGUUAUGAAGGCAGAGGCAGAUGCCCAUUUAAAGAAACUUUUGAAAAUUGAGCAUAACAUGUCAUCAAUAGAUGAUUUAAAAGCACAGUAUGGAAAAUCUAUUCAAGACCAUAUAAACCUUUCAAAAGAACUGGAGGAGGAACUUGGCACCAUUGCAAAGAAGAAGGCAGAACUUGCGGAUUACCUCUGUGAAGAUCGAAAUAAAUUGUCAUUAGAAGAUGUGUUUAACACAAUGAAAACCUUCAGGAAUUUAUUUAUCAAGGCACUAAAGGAAAACCAAGAAAGGAAAGAACAAGCUACAAAAGCAGAGAAAAGAAAGAAAUUGCUUGAAGAGGAGGAAGCUAAGCGUCAAAAAGGAGAAUAUGGAAAGAUCAUUCAAAAAGGAGAUGUGAGACCAGAAGCAUGUGUCCCUGAUGCCUUAUUAGCAGAUAUAAGGGAAGGCUUUCAGCUAUGGAAAACUACUAGGAACAAGUCUAAGCCAGAAAUUGUUCCCAAAACCUCGCCUACUGAAACUGGUAAAAUUCCAAUUGUCUUCAGCAAGAAAGGACUUCAGCGUUUGGUCCUUAAAUAAUAAACUCGGAGAUGUCAAAAUGGUCAGCAUCAAUUGGAGAAGUGUGACUAAUUGUUCACCCUUAUCUACUACUUACAAUGGUGGAAGAUUCCAAGCUGCAAGUGAAACCAGUUGAAGGGAAAUGUAGUUUUGUUGUUUGCUUCUUCUUUCCUCUUUGAUCAUUGAUUUGCAGUGAUAAAGUGUAAUAGUGGUGAAAAAGUACAAAGAAUAGGCUGCAGGAAACAAGACACAGAAACUGAGUGUCUGAUAAUUAGUACUUUGAAAUAUAAUGUAAAAUCUUGACUGUUUAUUAAUGGAGCAUCAUUUAAAAAUAGAUAUACAUUGUAUUGUUUUCUAUUUGUACUUGAUGCAUAUUUUGUUCUUGUCUUUGUUCAUCUCAGUACAAUGCUAAACAAAGUUGCCUGUUGUGUAUGUUUUGUUUUCUAUGAAGAAAAAAUGGUCAUUCUUUUACUAAACUGAGCCCUCCUGGUCUCUCUAAGCAUACCCCUUAGCUCUCAAGCCUCUAGAGGUCACCUGUCUCUCAGGGUGGAAUCACAUGAUUCUCUCACUCUCAGACCUGGCUCUGGGUUGCAGUCCCCUGGUACUAACUGUGAUUAUCUCAGCAGGUCUGACCUAGACACAGACCCUGCAGUCCUGUAUCUUCCAGGGCAAUGACAGUGAUAAUCAGUGACCAAACAGCCUUCUGAAAGCAAAGUAUCAUUUAUUUACAACAAAAGAAUUUCAGAGAAAACAUAUGUUGAAAACAAUGAACCACUCUAUCUGUCUGUCUAUCUGUCUGUCUGUCUAUAUAAAAAUAAAUAAUAUGUCUGCUUAUGAAGAAUCUAACCAUCUCACGCAUGGGGACCCUGGAAGGACUAAUGCUGUAGACUCUUCCACAGAGCCCCCUCUCUGUCAGCGUGUGUCCCUGUCAGAGUUCACUGGCAACACCCUGCACAGCCCUUGGCAACUCACCCCUCUCCUUUUCCUCAGAAG